GCAGCUGCGCAGCGGUUGAAAGUACUUCCGGCGGGUCAUCGUCGCCUCUUAGAAAAGUUACUAUUUCCCCGCAGACUUUUCCUCAAAGCAAAAAUACCACUCUGUCUACCGAGCGGAAAGACAGCGUCCGGCAGAAUGCUUCAACGCAGACAGUCCUCGGCGAAACGCAGUUUGUAAUCCAACGGACUUUGUGCCGCGCGCCAGAGUGUGCUCGAGCGAGAGGAAGCAGUAUUCAACCAUCUUUCCUCUGCUGGCAAUAACAAGAACAGAGAAGGGUCCAAGUGGGGCUGCACUUCUCAGUUUAUCCUCUUUUUCUCUUAAUUCACACUCGGAGCCGCGAGGUUGCCCUUUCCCCGACCGAGACCGAGGAAUAUAACGCGUCCACUCACCGGGAUCGUAGCAUUAGUAGAUUAGCGAUUUGAUUUGGUAUUUCUUUUUUCAUGUUUCCAACAGGUUUACCUUCCCCUAGUCCCCCACCGCCAGCCCAAGAGCCCAGACCGUCAGCUUCUGAUGUUCACAACGACAGUAACGUUAGCUUAACGGCUUCUAAGAAGAGGAAAAUAAACAGCUCCGAGAAGGAAGACAUUGAUUCAAUAUCUUCGUCUCCUAAAGCCAUUUGUAAUUCCUCCUCCACAACGUCCAGCUCUUCCAGUUCACAGCAGCAGCAGCACAUCCAGAAGAAGUUGAGGUUCGAGGACCCGCUGGAUUUGAUCGGACUGGAUGUGAAGAUGGCCGAGGAGUCGUGUAACCCUGCAGAAUCGUGUUCCAAGGCGAGGAAUGUGUUUCUGCCCGGAGGUGUCGGGCAUCAUGCUAACGGACUGACCAAGUCUGCGGGCUCCGCCACCUUCUCCAACAGCAAACCCGGCGCUGCGAAGAAACUUGUUAUCAAGAACUUUAAAGAAAAGCCCAAAUUACCGGAGAAUUACACGAAUGAGACCUGGCAGAAGCUGAAGGAGGCAGUAGAGGCCAUACAGAACAGCACUUCAAUAAGAUACAAUCUAGAAGAGCUCUAUCAGGCUGUUGAAAACUUGUGCUCUCAUAAGAUAUCUGCCAAGCUCUAUAAACAGCUCAGAGUGGUCUGUGAAGACCAUAUCAAGGCACAGAUUGACCAGUUCAGAGAGGAUGCCUUAGACAGUGUUCUGUUCCUCAAGAAAAUAGACAAAUGUUGGCAAGAUCACUGCAGACAAAUGAUCAUGAUUAGGAGUAUAUUUUUGUUUUUGGAUCGCACAUAUGUUUUACAAAAUUCGAUGCUGCCAUCAAUCUGGGACAUGGGCUUGGAGUUGUUUCGUUUCUAUAUCAUCAGCGACCUGAAGGUGCAGAGUAAGACAAUCGAUGGGAUUCUGCUUCUUAUUGAGAGAGAGCGGACUGGAGAGGCCAUAGACCGCAGUCUCCUGAGGAGUCUUCUGAGCAUGCUCUCAGAUCUGCAGAUUUAUCAGGAUUCAUUUGAGCAGCGCUUUCUGGAGGAGACAAAUCGACUGUAUGCUGCAGAGGGCCAGAGGCUCAUGCAGGAAAGAGAGGUGCCAGAGUAUCUCCAUCAUGUCAACAAACGUCUAGAAGAGGAGGCAGAUAGAGUCAUUACAUACCUAGACCAGAGCACACAAAAAUCCCUCAUUGCCUCAGUGGAAAAGCAGCUGCUUGGAGAACACCUCACUGCAAUACUUCAGAAAGGUUUGAAUAACCUGCUGGAUGAGAACCGUAUUCAGGAUCUGUCUCUACUGUACCAGCUCUUCAGUCGUGUGAAGGGAGGCGUGCAGGUGCUUCUCCAGCACUGGAUCGAGUACAUCAAGGCCUUCGGAAGCACAAUUGUCAUCAACCCAGAGAAAGACAAGACAAUGGUUCAGGAGCUUUUGGAUUUCAAGGAUAAAGUCGAUUACAUCAUUGAUGUAUGUUUCAUGAAGAAUGAGAAGUUUGUAAAUGGUAUGAAGGAGGCCUUUGAGACCUUUAUCAAUAAACGGCCGAACAAACCUGCAGAGCUCAUAGCAAAAUAUGUGGAUUCAAAGCUCCGUGCUGGGAACAAAGAAGCGACUGAUGAGGAACUCGAGAAAAUGUUGGACAAGAUAAUGAUCAUAUUCAGGUUCAUUUAUGGCAAAGAUGUUUUUGAGGCCUUCUACAAGAAAGACUUGGCUAAGAGGUUACUAGUGGGAAAGAGUGCCUCUGUAGAUGCAGAGAAAUCAAUGCUGUCAAAACUGAAGCAUGAAUGUGGAGCUGCAUUUACCAGUAAGUUGGAAGGAAUGUUCAAAGACAUGGAACUCUCAAAAGAUAUUAUGGUGCAGUUCAAACAGCACAUGCAAUGCCAAAAUAUUCCUGGGAACAUUGAGUUGACGGUGAACAUCCUCACUAUGGGUUAUUGGCCAACAUAUGCCCCCAUGGAAGUACAUCUGCCUCCAGAGAUGGUAAGAUUGCAAGAGAUUUUCAAAACGUUUUACCUGGGCAAACACAGUGGACGGAAACUACAGUGGCAGUCGACGUUAGGACAUUGCGUUUUAAAGGCAGAAUUUAAAGAGGGCAAAAAAGAGCUGCAGGUUUCCCUGUUUCAGACGUUAGUUCUGCUGAUGUUUAAUGAAGGGGAGGAGUUCUCUCUGGAGGAUAUUAAAUUGGCUACAGGCAUUGAGGACGGUGAGCUGAGGCGGACUCUGCAGUCACUGGCCUGUGGGAAGGCGCGUGUCCUUACCAAAAUCCCAAAGAGUAAAGACGUGGAGGAUGGAGACAAGUUCUCUUGUAAUGAUGAUUUCAAACACAAACUCUUCAGGAUUAAAAUCAACCAGACAAUGAAAGAAACGGUGGAGGAGCAAGCCAGCACUACAGAGAGAGUAUUCCAGGACCGUCGUCAGUACCAAAUUGAUGCUGCAAUUGUUCGAAUCAUGAAGAUGAGGAAAACUCUCAGCCAUAAUCUUCUGGUGUCUGAGGUGUACAACCAACUUAAAUUCCCAGUCAAGCCUGCUGAUCUGAAGAAGAGGAUAGAGUCAAUCAUUGACAGGGACUACAUGGAAAGGGAUAAGGACAAUCCCAAUCAAUACAACUAUGUGGCUUAGACAGAGAGAGAGAAUAAGAGGUAGAAAUGAGGGAUGGUAGAAAUGACAGGAGGAAGCUGUUCUCAGUGACAUUGUUUACUUCCCUUAGCACAUGGAACCCCUUGUUCCAAGUUUUGUUCAAUUUAACACUGGUCUUUCUCCCCAGUGACCAACAACCGAAUCAGUUUUCUCUUCCUGGCUUUGACAGGGUAGCGUAAGUUUGAUUUCUCGCAUUAGAAGAAAAGAAAA